AUGGAGGGCUUAAUCUGGAGAGUUGGGAAUGGCACGCAUAUUAUUGAUUUAUGGGCGGAUCCUUGGGUAGGAGAUGAAGAUAGAAGAUUUAUUCAGAGUAAUCGUGUGGAUGGCUUGAAUGUUGAAGGUGAUUUGAUUGAUGAGGCUAGAAGGGAGUGGCGAGUAGAGGUGGUGGAACAACAUUUCAAUGAGAGAGACCAACGUUGCAUCCUUUCUAUUCCUUUGAGUUCGAGAAAUCUGCAAGAUGAGUUGACCUGGGCUUAUUCUAAAUAUGGGGUUUAUUCGGUGAAAACGGCGUAUAUGCUAGGGAAAGGAGGAAAUUCGGAGGACUUUCAUCGAGCUUGGGGUAUUUUGUGGAGCUUGGAGGUAUCAUUGAAGGUUCGCCACUAUUGUGGCGCGUUUAUUUACACCAACUUGCUUCUAGUUAGAGAGCUUGUUAGGCGGCAUCUUGUUGAUGUUUCUUGCUACCCAUGCUGCUUAAGCGAGGUUGAAACUCAGCAUCAUAUGCUGUUUUUUUGUUCGAGUAUAGCGAGCCUGUGGGGAGAUCUAGGGUGCCAUUCUUUGUUACCGAGAAUUGCAGAGGAGGGUAUGUGCGAAACUCUUGAAAGAUGGAGCAAACUCGAUUUAACACUUGUUCAAAAAGGCUGCUACAUUAUGUGGAAUGUAUGGGCGAUGUGA